GAUAAAUAUAUGGCUUUGGAAGGAAGUGAUAAACCCAAACUUAACGGAAUCUAUAGGUCUGGAUUUGGCUGUUAGUUUUCAUCGAGACAUUAAUAUGGCCUCAACAGCAUUAAGUGAGAGAAUCAUGGAGUCAACUCCGGAAAAAUUGAACUUUGCAAAAUCUUUGUUAGUUCCAAGUGUUCAAGAACUUGCCAAAGGGCACCUUGCAAAUAUACCGGCCAGGUAUGUCCACUCAGAACAAGAAUCUCCGGCCAUAUGUGCUGGAGCAUCGGUUCCUGCAGUCCCCGUUAUCGAUCUUCAAAAGUUGAUAUCAGGGGAUUCCAUGAAUUCUGAGCUUCAAAAGCUUCACUCUGCUUGUCAAGAAUGGGGUUUCUUCCAGGUUAUAAACCACGGAGUGACAUCUUCGUUACUGGAGGACUUCAAGAGAGAGGUUAUAGAAUUGUUCAGUCUUCCAAUGGAAGAAAAGAAAAAGUUAUGGCAACAGGAAGACAGUCUUGAAGGUUUCGGGCAGGCAUUCGUUGUAUCGGAGGAGCAGAAGCUUGAUUGGAGUGACAUGUUUGGCAUAUUUACUCUUCCUCCGCAUAUCCGCAAAGCAGAUUUGUUUCAGAAGUUGCCUUCAAACCUCAGGGACACCAUGGAAGCAUACUGCAAAGAGAUCAAGAGCCUAGCGAUGAUCAUCCUAAGUCAAUUGGCAAAGGCUUUAAGGAUGGAUGAAAAGGAAAUGCGAGAUCUAUUCAGUGAUGGGAUGCAGUCAAUGAGGAUGAAUUGUUAUCCUCCUUGCCCUGAACCAGACAGGGCAAUUGGCUUAAGCCCUCAUUCUGAUGCUGAUGCCCUCACCAUCCUUCUCCAGCUUAAUGAAACUGAAGGUCUCCAAGUCCGGAAAGACGAUAUUUGGGUGCCUAUAAAGCCCCUCCCAAAUGCUUUGAUUGUGAAUAUCGGCGAUAUGAUGGAGAUUGUGAGCAAUGGUGUCUAUAGGAGCAUUGAGCACAGAGUAAUUGUAAACUCGAACGAAGAGAGGCUCUCUGUUGCAACAUUCUAUAACAUCAACCUUGACUCCGAAUUAGGACCUGCACACAGCCUCAUUGGACCACAUAAUCCCGCCAUUUUCCGAAGAGUUCCUGUGCGAAAAUAUUUACAGGACUUUUUUUCCCGGAAACUUGAUGGAAAAUCGUACGUUGAUUUCAUGAAGAUAGAGACAAGGGAUGACAAACCCUGCGUAGCAUUUGAUACGUAAGUUACUCUGGUUGAUGUAAUUUGGAGUUUCCUGUUUGAUACUAUAAACAAGAAAAACAGAGUACUCUUCAUUUCAUUAUAUAUGACGGUUUUUAUUUGUUAUGGAGUAAAAUGUUGAGUUGUUGUAUUA